GGUUAGGAAUAGGUUUGUAGGGAAAAUAAAAUGAAUUUGCCUCCAAUAUAAAUAUGAGAAGCAGAAGUAACUCAGGUGUCAAGUUAGACAACUAUGCAAGAAUAAUUCAAAAAAGUAUUCUGAAAUUUCAGGAUCCUAUCACUGGAUUAUUCUCAGCAAGUAAGCACGCACCACACGCAUGGGUUCGUGACAAUCUUUACUCACUCCAAGCUGUGUGGGGAUUGGCACUUGCUUAUCGGAAGCAUGCAGACCUAGAUGAAGACAAGGCAAAGUCAUACGAACUUGAACAGAGUGUUGUAAAAUGCAUGAGGUCUUUAUUACAAUGCAUGAUGAGGCAGGUGGAGAAGCUGGAAGCAUUUAAGACCAGCCUAUCCCCAAACGAUUCCCUUCAUGCAAAAUAUAAUCGUAAAACGUGUGGGUUGGUAGUUGGUGACCAAGAGUGGGGACAUUUACAACUUGAUGCAACCGGGUUAUAUGUCUUAAUGUUGGCACAGAUGACUGCAUCUGGUUUUGAAAUAAUUUACACCCUUGAUGAAGUGGACUUUGUUCAAAAUCUCGUGUUUUACAUUUCGUGUGCGUUUCGGACACCUGAUUAUGGGAUAUGGGAACGUGGUGACAAAACCAACCAUGGAGUUCCAGAAUUAAAUGCAAGCUCUGUUGGAAUGUGUAAGGCAGCUUUGGAAGCAAUUGAUGAAAUUAACUUGUUUGGUGCAAGUGGUGGCCACCAGUCAGUCAUACACGUAACUCCUGAUGAGAAAGCUCUAUGCCAAGCUAUUCUACAGAGUCUGUUGCCCAGGGAGUCGAACUCAAAGGAAGUGGACGCCGGCCUUCUCAGUGUUAUCGGUUACCCUGCGUUUGCUGUCAAUGAUGAAGCAUUGGUGAAGCUUACAAGGCAGGAAAUAGUUGACAAACUACAGGGUAGAUAUGGUUGCGGAAGAUUUUUAAGAGAUGGUUACAAAACUGCAUUGGAAGAUUCAUCCAGGCUACAUUAUGAACUGGCUGAGUUAAAAGUUUUUGAAAACAUUGAGUGUGAGUGGCCGUUAUUUUGGAGUUAUUUGCUGCUGGAUGGAAUAUUUAAUGAUAACCAACAACAAGUUAUUGAGUACAGAGAUGCCAUGCGUGAAGUACUUGUUCUUGUUGAUGGGGUACGCUGCGUGCCGGAGCUGUAUGCUGUUCCAGCUGACAAGGUUGAACUAGAAAAAGCGAACCCUAAAAGCCAGGAUCGGAUACCACUGGGUAAACUACCCCACUUAUGGGGGCAUUCCCUAUAUUUGCUGGGUCAGUUGUUAUGGGACGGAUUCCUUGCCCCGGGUGAGAUUGACCCACUUAAUCGGAGAUUUGCAACGGCUCCUAAACCUGAUGUAGUUGUACAAGUUGCAAUAUAUGCCGAGGAAAAAUCAUUUCAAACAAUUUUGAAGAAGAAGCUUGGAAUUCAUGUCGACUCACUUGAUGAAGUGGCUCCAAUUAUGGUACAACCAGCGCGUGUUCUCACCAGUGUGUAUUCAAUGCUUGGUAAAAACAAGAAGAUGAAGUUGUCUGGUCGGCCAAGCAACCAGAUUGGUGUGCUGGGAACAAGCAAGUUGUAUGUGAUGAAUGGAAGAACUUUCGCUUUCACCCCUAAUUUAUUGGACCAACGUGACUUCUACAUGUCGCUUGACACUGACAUGUUGAUAGACAUGAUGUUGACAGAGCUUCAGUAUCUUUCCACCUACUGGAACAUGCCCGGUCGUCCAAUUAUAACUGUGCCAAUCCACAGUGGGAUGUUAGCUGAAGACGGUGAGAAUUUCAAACCAAGCUUAAUUUCCACACUCCGUAAAAUACAAAGUGGUUAUUUAUAUGGUGUGAGGGUAGUGCUUGGUUCAUUGAAGAGUUUCAUGAGCACUUCAUGUAAAACACGACUUACUUUCCUCGAAACUGAAGAUGCUGAAGCGAGUGAUCUGAUGGAGUUGCUCCUCACAAGAGCUCCUCCUCGUUUAUAUCGUCUCGGAUCACACACGGAUGUCAAGUCCUCUCUACGAUCCUCGAACCGGAGUCAGAGCAUGCAGUUGACUCCGGAGGAACACCAGCAGAGGAUCUGGGAAGCAAAGUUGGUCGGAAAACAGAGACAGAGGAGAAUUUCGACGGACCUCACCACAAACAAAGGUUCGUUUGUAGGCCUCGGCAUUGCUACUUUCAAUGAAAAUUUGCUGAAGAAAAUAAAGUUACUAGGGGAAAAUGAAGAGCCAACAUCGCCACAGCUCAAGCCCAAAGUUCUAGUUCAUCGGUUACAUGAAACUAUGUUUCUAUGGGAACAAGCGGAUAUUUUGCAUUAUCUCUAUACACACAAAGGACCCAACUGGGACACAGAAAUAGAUGGUGAACCAGGGGUGCUGGUAGUUGACCUUAUUGAAGAACUUUAUGACAAAGCUGGACAACAAGGGAACUGGAUGGUGGUUAGGCAGAUGUCAGGUUUACUGCAGAAACGUGUAAGUGGUCUCUCUCAAUCCGUCACGGAUCUCUUGAUUCGUCAAAAACAGGUUACGGUUGGCUUACCACAAGAACCAAAGGAGUUCACGAUAACCAGACCGAUGCCAGCUGAUGAAUUACAUGGUGUGAUCACGGAUUCAUUUGGUGACGAUACAGAUAUGGCUGUUCUUACUCAGGAGAUCAUCAUGUACCUUGCUAUGUUCAUUCGUGCUUCACCUGCUUUGUUUACGGAUCUACUGAGACUUAGAGUUGGACUAAUUAUACAGGUGAUGGCAAGUGAAUUGGCUCGCCAUCUGUCUUGCUCCGGUGAGGAAGCAUCCACUCACCUCAUGAGUUUAAGUCCAUUUGAAAUGAAACAACUCAUUCUAAAUGUGCUCAGUGGGAAGGAGUUUGGAGUCAUUAAAAGUGUUCGUACCUCAUCUGCAUCUGCCACGACCUUAAAUCAUGAAAUAUCAUUUCAAUACAACCGGUCGUCCAAAGCUGAUAAAUCAAAUUUUAUCUCUAUCAAAAAGCAUUUAAGGAGAAAGGAUUUAUCUGGAUUGAUAUCUCCGCCAGUAUGGACGCAACACUCGUUUGAUGGACAGUAUGACCCCGCUAGUUCACCAAGCAGUAUACGAUCCAUGUCUGCCCUUACUGCACCUGCUGCAUAUGCACAAUUUGCCGGCCACAAGCGAGGUCAAUGGGUCAGAAGAAGAAGAAUUGACGGAGCUUUGAAUCGCGUCCCCCACAACUUCUAUACAAGAAUAUGGAAAUUGUUGGAAAAAUGUUACGGCCUCGUCAUAGGGGAACAUCAUAUACCAGGAUAUGUAACGAAAGAGAUGACGCAGGGUGAGAUCAAAUUCGCGUUGCUAGUUGAAAACGUGUUGAACCACAUACCUCAACCUGAGUAUCGACAGUUGGUCGUCGAAACGCUGGUCGUGCUCACUUUGUUGGCUGAAACCCCGCGCGUGAAGUUUCUCUCCGAUAAUAUUAAUGUAGAUCGUGUGUUGGUAACGGCAAGUGACAUGUUCUGUCAGGAUGAGUCUGAUGAUGGCGCGCCAGAAGAUAUUUUACAGAAGGAUCCCACUACAUCAGUUUGUACUGAAUUCUAUGACUGUGCGCCCAGUGGCCCGCACGGUACAAUGACGUACAUGUCCAAAGCAGUGGCGACGUCUUUCAGCGAAUAUUUUCCUGAAUACGUGGGCGACUGUUCCGUCAGUUAGUCGGAUAGUAAAACGUUUUUUACAAAAAAAUACCAUUCAGACCGGACCCGCGCUUUUGCAUGUGAAAAAUACCGAACAAAAAAUAACUGCCUGCGUACUUAGUUAAUUUCGUGCUUACCCAUCGUCGUGAGAGAGUCACGGGUCACGCUCAGGAUUUCAUCACUGUGAAAAAUUUCACGGCUCACUGGGUUCAAAUCGCUGUUGAAAAGUCUUCAAAUUAUUACUCGAAAACAAUUCAUCAGGUGCUACACGGACAUGGUAUUUACUCACUUUACGCUACGUGGAUAUAUCUUUAAAUUUCAAUAUAAAUAUGUGCUUAACGUUUCAUUGCAUGACCAUACCACAUCGUAUUCGUAUUAAUAAUAUUGUUUCAAUGUAUAUUGGCCGAAUACGUUUACUCGUUUCAAAGCUUUAAUAAAUCUUUUAUGGAAUUUUAAAAA